AUGCAUUUACUUGUAGUCAUCUAUAAAAUGAUAACUAAAUAUCCCAAAGCAGUAGUAUUUGAUUUAGAUUAUACAUUAUGGCCAUGUUGGUGUGAUACUCAUAUAUCUACUCCAAUAAAAUCAAUAUCUCCAACUGAAAUUAUUGAUGCUGGAGGUAUGAGAUUAUCUUUUUAUCCUGAUGUUGAAUCAAUUAUCUUAGAAUUAUAUCAAGCUAAUGUAAAAAUUAUAGCAGCAAGUAGAACUGGAACUCCUCAUAUUGCAAAAGAUAUUCUAACUAAAUUACAUAUUGCUGGAAAGCCAGCUUUAACUUAUUUUGAUAGUUUACAAUUUGGUCAAGGUUCCAAAAUUGGUCAUAUUAGAUCAGCUGCAAAAGAAUUGAAAUUAAUUAAAGAAUUACAACAAGGAGAAUUCAUUUUAUAUGAUGAUGAAAGAAGAAAUAAAGAUGUCAUAAAGAUUAAUUGUCAUUUCGCUCAUAUCGAAGAUGAAAUAAUUGGUAUAACAAGAGAUAUCUUCAUAACAGAGAUAAACAUUUGGGCAAAGAGAAAAACGUAG